CUAAAUACUGUUGCGGUGACCUAAACAGGAAGCCUGGGUCGUCCCAACCACGCUCCAUCUCUGAAACCAGCCCUGAGGCUCCCUCUCUGCUCCAGCAGACAGGAGCUUUGGGCCGUGGGAUCCUCAACUCCCUCCUCGCCCUCUGCGGCCGCAGGAUCAGAUUACAUCGCGCACAAUUCUCCACUCGCAGUUUCUGAUCUGUUUAAAAGACGACGCAGAAGAGAUAAGUCUUGUCUUCACUGCCUGGAAGGGAGGACAAAGUGCCCUCAACUCCGCGCUGAAAAAAAUCUUUCAAAGAACUUUCGUCAGAGAUUUUACUCCUAAUAACAUCUUGCUGAACUUAUAUUCUGAGAAUACAUCUUGACCUAAAAGGAUAAAAUUGACGCUGCAUUAAAGUGAAUGGAAAAUAGAUGAUUUAUACAAUGAAGAAAGAACAGAUUUUUUGGGUGUCUGUGUAUCUACUGCUUGAUUGUGCCUCUGCCCCUCUUAGUGCUGUCCUUGAAACUGAAGAUUAUACAGAUAUUACAGAUGUCGAGUUGCCGCCCCUGAAACUUCUACAUUCAUUUUGUGCUUUGAAACCAGAUAACGGCCCAUGCAGAGCCAUGAUUAAGCAAUUUUUUUUCAACAUCCACACGCAGCAGUGUGAGGAGUUCAUGUAUGGGGGAUGUGAAGGAAAUCCGAAUCGAUUUGCAACUCUGGAGGACUGCCAAGGAAAAUGUACAGAAGUUUAUCCAAAGACUAGGACACAGAUAAAAUCGGACAAAGAUAAGCCAGAUUACUGCUUUUUGGAUGAAGAUAGUGGACUCUGUCGAGGUUAUCUAACUAGGUAUUUUUAUAACAAUGAGACCAAGAAAUGUGAAGAAUUCAAGUAUGGCGGUUGCCUUGGCAAUCAGAACAACUUCAUGACCCUGGAAGAAUGCAAGAGAGCCUGUGAGGACUUAGCGCAAGAUCUUCAGUUGGAAGAAUCCGUGAAUAAUACAGUCAUAUCUGACUCUACGGAUAACACGCUGCCCAUUAAUUCUGGGGGCAGCAUGACGCCGCUCGAUUUGACGAAUAGCGUAACCCCGGUUGAUUCUGUGAAUAAUGACUCCGUCGCUCCCCAGCCUACCGAGGCUCCCAGCUUUUUGGCCCUGUGUCUUUCAGUGACAUUUUUUUUAUCCGGCUAAGUGUGCCAUGUUGAAAAGCGCGCUAAAUCUUACUGUGUGAAAGAUGGGAAAGUUUAGAGUAACAAACUUAAUGCAUUUAAAGAGACAUGUGAUACGAUAUGUCUACUAAUAAAAUCAUGCAUGAAAUCAGUUUUCAAUAUGUUUCAAUAUUUUUUGUUUGGAAUGCUUCACUAAUUCAAAUAGAGGUCUGUAUUGAUUUAUCAUAAUGAAUCAGUUAUGAGAUGGAAUAAGUUAUGAGAAAGUUUUGCCUUAAAGUUUUAUCAAGUAUGAAAAUCAUGAUUUUGGCAUGCACAUGGCUGAAAUAGAAAGGAGGAGACAAAAUAAGUGUGAGACGAUAAAUGAGUUUUAAAUACUGUCUGAUAAAUAUUCUAGGUUUUUAUGUAGUUGUGCAAUGAAAAGUAUAAAAAAAACCCCAAAUUAAUGGUUAUAACAGAAAAUUACUAAGGAAACAGUAAAAAUUCACAACAUGAAUUUGAAAGAAAAUAAGAUUAAGAGGAUUUUUAUUUAAAACAACAGACAUUUAAUUCUUUCAUAGUAAGUGCAUUUAAAAUUAGUGCAUUAAAAAAAGGAGAAAACCUUCCUCCUUUCUUUGUCUAGAGAAUUAUUUCAUUUUCUAUUAUAUGUAAUUGCCUCAAGGCUUCAAUUCCUCUAUUCAAUUCCUCUAGCCAAUCUGACUCCUUUUCUUCCUUUUCUAGAGUAUUCAUUUCUCAUUCUUUUGUUUUGUAACAUUCCUGAGCUAAAGCGUGAAACAAUAUUGCAAUAGCGACUAGAAGCAGUUUGAGGCUAACGGGAAAGGGGACAAUGCAGCUGUGCCCUCAGGCUUCCUAAGAUCCACUCAAUCCCGUGUCCCUCCCGUCCAAGGUGGGGAAGGUGGAAAUGCAGCUGUCGCUCGUCACCAAGACCCAGAAGAGCCCUCCUCCACCUCAUCCAAGGUCAGAGGGAAGGUGUGCCCCCACUUUGCCUGUACGCAGACUAGCCCUUUCCUACUCCACCAAAGGCUUUUGCUGAGGUCUAUGAAGACACUGUUGAUAUUCCAGCUCAAAAAUAAUUACAUCUGUCAGUGCUUGCGAUUAUAUUAGCAUAUUUUAAUUUAAGAAAUAUGUUUCUAUGUUUCUGUAAAACCUUGUUGUUCAAGGUUUUGGCAAACAUAUAAGGUUCUCCGUAUUACUUUCUUUUGAAAAGACGUAAGUUGUUUUAAUUGUGAUUCCAUGUGUAGGAAUAAUAACAUACCCCACAACAAAAAUAGGAUGGCAUUCAUUUAAAAUUCUUUCCAUUAAAUAGCAAUCCUUAGGCAGAGUAUUUGAAUAUUCCAAAAACUUAGCUAGACUGUGCUAUCGUUAUGAAGGAGAACAUUUGUAAACAUAAUUUUAAUGUUUCUCUUCAGAUGAAAGUAGGAAAACCUUUUAGAAGUUUUGUUUGCUGUUUAUCCUUAACUACCAGGAAAUUGCAUGUAAGCUUGAGAAUGUUUUUCCCAGUGAGCCUCCAUGACUGGAGAUAUUGGAAUGUCAAGCCCAACUGAGCUUUAAUUUUCUCCUUUUAUUUCCAGAUUUCGUUAUUGGUAGGCUAUAUAGGGGAUCUCAAAGAUUGAGUCUCGCUGUUCCUUAAGGAGAUUUUUAUAACAUCUUUUGUAAACUCAUCCUUAUGUGCAAGUAUUUGAGUUUGGAUGGGCUGAACUAAUGAGUAUAUCAACGUAGGUAAAAGAAAUGCUUGUUCUCACCAUGUGUGUGAGAGAAACCCGUGUAAAGCCCCCCUCUAAACAUGUGUACGUCUGUACUUCAUCUUCAGAACGAAAAACUACCGCAGUUAGUUUUCUUGACUCUUCCUUUGGGACUCGCACGAUAGUCCAGUAGGUCGAAGACUCUGAGCCUGAAGAGUUGGGCUCGAAUCCCUGUUCUUCGACUUGCUGCUGUGCAGCCUGGAGUUACGUCUUAGCCUCUCCGAACCUGAGUUUCCCACUCUCCAGUGAGGAUGGCAGUAAUGCAGUUCUCUCUCUCUAAGUUUUGCUGUGAGGCGAAAUCAGUCCGUAUACAAGGUACACGAAGCACAGAGCGGUACCCACUCCGCGCCACGUAAGCGUCCCUCCUGCUAUUACCUGGGGACCCAGAGCAACACCCGCAACGUCCUUGGCCUUUGUUUCUCACCUGCAAAGCCACGGUCUCUAAGUUCCUCUUGACAGAAGUUGGUAUUUCAGAGACUCGUAAGAUCUCUACUUCCUCAGCUAAGCGGAUCGGUACACAUAUGGUCACAAAACUACAAUUAACCUUCAGGAGAGAAAGGACAAUAGGCCUAAAUUCAUACAGAGAUGGAAACUUACACAGUUCAGAUACGUUUAGUGGAAACAAGUGAAGAUUAUUGUCAUACAGAAGUAUGACGGGGCUUUGAAGCCAAAAGAACUUCGUGUGGCUUUUCUUUGUCUUCUGAAAACUUGCAGCUUUCCAAACUUUCAGAGUUCUGCCCCCAUUUCUGGCUGUUUCAGUUUGAGCACUUGUCUCCUCUGAUCACCCUCUCCUUCUAGUCCGUCCUUCUGUCGUUUUUCUAAUGAAAUGUUCACUCCUGUCUUCUCCGUUUUCAGUCUACCUGUUUUGUUCAGAAUGUCAGUCUUGUGGGUUUCGAUGGUCUCCAUCUGAUGUCAUCAAAUACGGACACUGAUGAAAAUGAAAGGGAAUGCCAAAAAAAAAAAAAGAUCUAUUUGGAAUAAAUAUAUAUAUUGACAGAAAACUAGGUCUGUCAUUUUGGUGGAUAGAUAAAAUAGAUUUAUUUUUAAAGUAUUUCUAUUUUCAAAAAAUCACAUAUGUGUUGGGAUAUGAUCUACCAAAAAAAAAAAAAAAAAA